AUGUGCGGCAUUUGGGCCAUAAUAGGCGAGCAAGUCACCCCACAACAGCAGGAUGCAUUCAUGAAAAUUGUUGGGCGAGGUCCAGAUCUUACUGUACUUGAAGAGGUUCAACCAAAUGUUCAUCUUGGUUUCCAUCGUUUGGCAAUCGUCAUGCCCGGAGAUACUCCAAGUGCUCAACCAAUUGCCGGCGGCGGUUUGUCUGUCGUUUGCAACGGAGAGAUCUACAAUCAUCAAUCUCUGAAGAUUGACUGUCCGAUUACACUGAAGAAUGGUGGAAGCGAUUGUGCAGCAAUCAUUACAUCAUUCUUGAAGCACAAAGAAGACCUGAAAGAAACGUGUGCUUCCCUUGAUGGAGUCUUCGCUUUCAUCAUGGCAGACUCAAAGAACGUGUACAUUGGCCGAGACCCCAUCGGAGUCAGACCACUUUUCUAUGGCUACAAUUCGAACGGUUCACUUCUCAUCGGAUCCGAAGUGAAGUGUAUUGAAGAAUUAUGUGAGAGAGUUGAGUAUUUCCCACCGGGAUGCUGUGCUACAAUCAGUAUUUCUUCAUUGAAUCGACCAGUCCAACCACAACAAUAUUACACCGUUCCAAGCGUUGCUGACAGAUUUUUAAGCAUUGAAUGCACCCAAACAUUGGUCAGAGACAUUCUUGUGAAAUCAGUUGAGAAACGUCUUAUGGGCAAUCGUAAUUUCGGAUUCAUGCUUUCCGGAGGACUUGAUUCUUCAUUGAUUGCCUCCAUUGCCACCCGCUUCUUGAAAGAGAAACCAGUAGCUUUCUCCGUCGGAUUCGAGGACUCUCCAGAUCUUGAAAACGCGAGAAAAGUGGCAGACUACCUGAAAAUUCCACAUGAAAUUCUCGUGAUCACCCCACAACAAUGUAUUGAUAUUAUUCCAGAAGUGGUAUUCGCUCUGGAGACAUUUGACCCACUGAUCAUUCGAUGUGGAAUCGCCCACUAUCUUCUGUGUCAACACAUUUCAAAAAGUUCAGAUGUUAAAGUGUUGUUGUCUGGAGAGGGAGCUGAUGAGUUAUUUGGGAGUUAUGCUUACAUGCAAAGAGCACCAAAUGCUCUUCAUCUUCACAAGGAGAUUCUGCGUAGAAUGCAUCAUCUUCAUCAAUAUGACGUUCUUCGCUGUGACCGUUCCACUUCUUGCCAUGGACUCGAAAUCCGAGUUCCAUUCCUUGACAAACGAUUCAUCGACCUUGUCAGUCGCUUGCCACCAACUUACAAAUUGAUGCCAAUGAAAUUAGAGAAACAUUUAUUAAGAAGUGCCUUCGAAGGAUGGUUGCCGGAUGAAGUUCUCUGGAGAAGCAAAGAAGGAUUCGCUGAGGCCCUCGGAAAAACUGAUUUGGGAGAUAUUUUGGCUGACCAUUGUGACAAAUUGAUUCCGAAGGAUUUGUAUGAGCAACGUGCCGAGAGAUUCCCUGACAGGACACCAGAGACAACAGAAGAAUAUUGGUAUAGACAGAUAUUCGAGGAGACGUUUGUGUAUGAUAAGAUGGGACAUUUGGUACAUACUAAAGUUUAUAGAACCGCUGCUUGGCACCGGCCUGAUGAAAAAGAGAACAUUAACGGAGAUCGUGAAACCGACACCCUCGAUGUAAAAUCUGAAGACCUCCUCCGACUACGUCGCCGAUCGACUGGAUCCCUUGGUGUUGCCUAA